GCAAUAGCAAUUUCGUCGUGCAUCCAUGCCAUGGGGGCUCGGAAGGCCAAACGCCAAAAACGCCGCAUAGCUGUAACAUACAUUAUUAGCUUCGACUUGCAUGAAUAUUUCAUCGGGACAGGGCUUACUUGAAGCUCGUUACUUACCUUUUGGCGUUUGAAGGUUGCACAUCCCCAGCCGCAUAUCUAGCCAACAUCGGCAUUUGUGUUAUCAUUCUUAAAUAUCGAAGGAAAAGCUUAAUAAUAAGUGCCAGCUGCUGCAGUAGCCAUGCCCAUUGCAUCCGCCGGCGCUGAGUCAACGGCGACGGCCCUUGACGCUGUCCCCACCGAGCAGCAGCCUUCCGUAGAAGUACCACAACAUCUGCUGCCGGCGGAAGCCAAGGCGCUGGUAUUUGACUGUGAUGGCACGUUGCUGGACAGCAUGGGGAUCCAUUACGAGGCCUGGCGGAAUACGGCAGCUCGGUACGGCAUCACCAUCACCGCUGCAGCCAUGGUGGAGCUAGCGGGCAAGCCCGUCAACGAGCUGCUGGACAUCCUCGCAGAGCGCAGCGGCGUCACGGUCACACCAGAGCUGCGUCACGACUUCUUCCACACCAAGUCCAAGUACUACCUAGAACAUGCACGGGAGGUCAAGGUCAUCAGUUCCGUAGUGGAUAUCGUGCGUGCGGGCGCCGGUCGGGGGCUGCCCAUGGCAGUUGCCUCCGGCGGCACCCGCAAGCAUGUCAUGGAGGGCCUUACGUCCACGGGGCUGCUGCCGUACUUUGGCGCCAUCGUGUGCGGCGAGGACGUACCCAACGGCAAGCCGGCACCGGAUGCGUUCCUGCUGGCGGCGGAGAAGCUGGGGGUGGAGCCGGGGGCGUGUGUGGGGUAUGAGGAUGCGGCACUGGGGAUGCAGGCCAUCCGCGCCGCCGGCUACCUGGCCGCAGUGGACGUCACGCAGCUGCCCGACUACCCGCAUCUCACCGACUGAAGGAGGGGGGCGCGGCAGAGCGGGGAGCGUGAAAGAGAG